UCGAUCAGCUGUUUGCAUCGUUCCUCAUUGCUCGCGUGCUCUGCUCCGAAAUCGUUGCACCGCUCCUGUUCUUUUUUAUUUUAAUCGUGAAAGAGUGAAAAUGAGCGGGAAUAGUGAAUACUGUGAUUAUCGUAGCCCCUUGGCAACGAGAUACGCAUCGAAGGAGAUGCGGUACAACUUCAGUGAUCAGCAGAAGUUUAGCACGUGGCGAAAACUAUGGAUUUACUUGGCCAAGGCGGAAAUGGAACUGGGCUUAGAUAUCACUCAGGAGCAGGUCUCUGAAAUGGAAGCCCACGUGUACGACAUCGACUUCGAAGCAGCCGCGAAGGAAGAAAAAGCGACCAGGCACGACGUCAUGGCACACGUCCACGUUUUUGGGAACCAGUGUCCAAAAGCUGCUCCCAUCAUCCAUUUGGGUGCCACCAGUUGCUACGUUGGUGACAAUACGGAUUUGAUUAUCCUUCGUCAAGGAUUUGACAUUAUCCUGCCGAAACUGGCGAAUGUUCUGAACCGGCUGGCGAAAUUUGCUAUGGAAUAUCGAGAUUUACCAACACUGGGUUUCACUCAUCUACAACCGGCUCAGCUCACCACCGUUGGCAAACGAGCGACGUUGUGGCUUCACGAUCUUCUGAUGGACGAGAGAGCUCUCCGACGUGCCAGAGACGAUUUGAAGUUCCGCGGUGUGAAGGGCACCACCGGUACUCAGGCUUCGUUCCUUCAGCUAUUCAACGGCGAUGGUGAAAAAGUGAAGCAAUUGGAUCGAUUAGUGACUCAAAUGGCUGGAUUUCAGAAACACUAUUCCGUGACGGGGCAAACGUACAGCAGAAAAGUCGAUGUUGAAUGCUUGAACGUCUUAAGCUCUCUAGGUUCCACCGUUCACAAGAUUUGCAGCGAUAUUAGACUGCUGGCGAACAUGAAAGAAGUGGAGGAACCGUUCGAGAGCACGCAGAUCGGGUCAAGCGCGAUGCCUUACAAAAGGAAUCCAAUGCGUUCUGAAAGAUGUUGCAGUAUAGCGCGUCAUUUGAUGAGUCUGACUAACAACGCUCUGCAAACGGCAGCGACUCAGUGGAUGGAGAGAACGCUGGACGAUUCCGCUAACAGAAGAAUCACCUUGUCUGAGGCAUUCUUAUCGGCUGACGUGAUCCUGAUGACUCUUCAGAACAUUACUGAGGGUUUGGUUGUCUAUCCGAAAGUGAUCGAGAGGCAUAUCGCACAAGAAUUACCUUUCAUGACUGCGGAGAAUAUAAUAAUGGCUAUGGUGAAAGCUGGAGGCGACAGACAGAUUUGUCAUGAGAAAAUAAGAGUGCUGUCUCAAGAAGCUGGGGCGCAAGUGAAGCAACACGGGAAGGAUAAUGAUUUAGUCGAAAGAAUCAAAAGCGAUCCGUACUUCGCUCCGAUUCUCAAUCAAUUGAAAGAACUAUUGGAUCCUAAGACGUUCGUAGGCAGAGCGCCGGAACAGGUCGUGGAAUUUUUGGAAGAGGAAGUGUACCCAGUGCUCGAAAAUUAUAAAGGACAAUUAGGUGGAACUGUGGAACUCAGCAUUUAAUGCAACGAACUGGGUAUUUUAUUUUGUAAAAGGUGAGAUUUUUUAGAAAGCCUGUUAAUUUCUGUUCUUUAUGUUACAUUUAUAUUCGAUGUAUUUUUAUAAAAAAAUAAAGCAGUACAAGAUUAUUGAAUGCUAUUA